AUGGUGAGAUGUUUGAGGUUUUAUCAGGGCUUUUACUACUAUAUCGACUGGCGAACCUUAUGUGGUCUCCCAGUUCUCUUUGGGUUCCAAGCCCUGACAAAGGACUAA